AUGGACCUUUCUAAGACUCCGUCGCCCAUGCAUGCGACCGGAGCCAGCCAGGCUCCCUUACUCGCAAGCGCAGAGGGAGUGAGACUGAAGAGCAUGAAUCGCACGACGGGCAACCGCAGCCGUGCAGUGCCGGUGCGAGGCAACGACCUCACCAUCUCUGCACCCUCGUCCAGACUGAAGCACGACCUGCGCCACGUGCACUUUGACUCCAAGCCUGUCCUGGGCGCUCUGAGAACAAAGCUCGAGUCAGCAAAAGACAAAAUGGACGCGGAGCUGCGCUGCUUCUGCCUCGACAUCUUCCACCCGCUCUCCCCCCUCGCCCUCCUCCCCUCACACUCGCCUCUCCUCCUCCUCCCCGCUCACUCGCCCCCCUCGCCCUUUCCCCCCCAGUCCUCCGCCCAGUCCCCCCUCCCCUCGCCCAUGUGCCCUUCGGACUCCCCCUGUACCCCUGUCACGCCUGUGCCCAGCAUUGAGGCAGUGACGCCACUGCCUCCCUCUGCUGCUGCUGCUGCUGCUGCUGCUGCCGCUGCCGCAACCCCUACCACCAGCACCAGCACUAGCACCAGCGCAGUUACCCCAAGCACAGGCAGCAUCAGCGGCACCGAAUGGGCGGCGGGAGUGCGUCAGCUGAAAUCCGUAGCAGAGCGCUGCCUUGCCAUGUCAGCAGACGAUUUUGGGCGGCAGAGUGAGUCCAUUGUGCAGGAGCUGAACGCCGCCAGACAAGCCAUGCCGCCCGGAAGCCCUCUGCGCCAGCUCAUAAUGAAGCUGCUUUUUGUCCUGACCCGAUGCACGAGAUUGCUACAGUUCCAGAAGGAAGGAGAGGGUGUGGGCGGCAGGCACAGUGAUGGGGGGGAUGGUGGAGGGAUAAGGGCUAACAGCAUGGGGAAAGGAGGGGUGAGUGAGGAAGAAGAAAGAGGAGGAGAGGGAGGAGGAGGAGGAGGAGGGAUGGGAGUUAGUAGUGACACGGGUGGCACUGCUGAUGUCAGCACUGUUGGGGCAAGGCGUAGUGGGGAUGUGGUAACUGCCAGACUGGGAACAUCUGUAACACCUGGUGCAAGGAGCAGGAGGGCAGAGUUACAUGUGGUUACCAAGCAACCUGACGCACCCCUGGUUACCAGACUAUCAGACGGGCAAAUUCCUGUGGUAUUGGAAAAGGCGAGGCCUAGGCGAGUGGUAUUUGGAAGCGAUUCACGGUGGGAGGAGGCUUUAAACCUGCAUCAGAGUGGUAAUAACGAGGAUGAGAGCAGGCAGAGUGGGAGUAAGAGGAGCAGUGCGGUUUGGAGUGGUUUGCCGGAGUUAGGAGGGUGGAGUGAUAGAUAUGAGGAGCAACAUCAACUGCAGAAGGAUGGGGAAUUGAAUGAGGCAGCAGCCGGGAGAGGAGGAGAAGUAGCAGAGGAGGGGAAAGUUAGCAUUGUUAGCAAGGGCCAAGAGGGAGAGCAGCAGCAGGAGCAGCAGCAGCAGCAGCAGCAGCAGCAACCGAGACCCUCGUUACGUUCCGUCCGCUCGCGGUCCAGUUUCCACAGUCCUGAGCACAGACGAGUAGCUCUAGCUGCUGCCGCUGCUGCUGGUGCCGCUUCUGCUGCUGCUGGUGCGACUGGUGCUGCUGCUUCUGUUGCUGCUGGUACUGGUGCAGCUAUUGACGCUUCUGAUGGUGAUGCUGACGUGGUUGAUCGAGCCGCAGCAGCACUGGCAGCAGCCAUUGCAGCAACAGCAAAAACAGCCGGAGCAGGAGCAGGAGCAGGAGCAGGUGCAGCUGAGCUUGCAGCAUCAGCAGGAGCUGUGGGCCAAUCAGGGAGGAGAACCCCAACGCACACAGACGGCAGCAGCAGCACCAGCAGCAGGUCUCAAGGGAGGCUUGACCACGUGCUCGCACUCUCACUACCCUCCCUCUCCUCACUGCCCACGCUCUCCUCACUCCCCUCCCUCUCCGCUCUGCCCCUGCUGCGCCCCCCUCGACCGCCUGAUGGGAGUGGCAAGGGGCAAGUGGGAGCACAGGAGGCGAUGCGUAGUAGAAGCGACGACAGGCUGUCGCCAGCUGACGUGUCGCCAGCUGGCGCGGUGCCAGCUGGGUUGGGUGAACAGCCCCUUGGGAUUGGGAGUGUUGACCUGUUGACCUCUGGGUUGACUGGGUCAGCUCAGGGGUUGACUGGGUCAGCUCAGGGGCUGACUGGCAGGCUUUCACCACCAGGUGUAACGAGCGAAUCGUGGCUCGAUUUCACUCGAAGCUUCCAGGAGAUGUCUCAGGUGAAUCAGCAGGUUCAGGUGAACCAGCAUGUGCAGGUGGAGCGCAGUCGAAGCAGCGAGAAACUGCCACCAUCUGGCAGGAGGUUACAGCACUGGGGAGGAUCCUUCCAGGAAGGUGCCAGUGCUAGAGCUGCUUUGUCUGCCAAUAUCCUGAGUGGUGGUGCGGGUAUUGCUGCAGACCUUGCUGCAUGGGACCUGCUGCUGCUGCAGAGGAAGGGGAAGGAGCAGCAGCGGGAAGGGGAGUGGGAGGGGGAGAGGGAGGAGCAGUGGGACCAGCAGAAACGGGAAGAGGCGGUAGUCGCAGGGUCUAUAAUGCCGGGUUUUGCUGCCGUGCCUGCUGCUACUCCUCCUGCUGUUGCCGGUGCUGCUGCUGCUGCUGCUGCUGCUGCUGCUGCUGCUGCUGCUGCUGCUGCUGUUACUCCUGUUGCUGUUACACGUACUGCCACGAUUGCUGCCACGCCUGCUGCUGCCCCUGCCCCUGCCACUGCUGGCCCUGACAGGGCCCGCACGCCCCCUCUGAUCCGCGCUGGCAGCUGGAAGCGGGGCAGCGGCCGUGUGUCCACAUGGGGAGGGACAGGAGCCUCAGUAGUAGCAGCAGCAGGAACAGGAGGAGCAUGGGGAGGGGCGGCAGCAGGGGAGGUGAGCCCGGGUCCGAGGAGGCUGACAGCGUCACUGAGUGGGCGACUGGGGGAGGUGCUACUGGCUGUGGAGCAGCAGGCUCAGCGGUUCUCCUGCUCUCCCGGCACCCUGGGACUCGCCCAGGGGGGUGUGGGCGGCCUUGAUGGCGUGCCGACUGUUCUGCCGACAGGUGCUGUAGCAGCGGUAGUUCAUGGGGACCACGAGAGUGAGCAGGAGAGGGGUGCAGUGCGGCAAGGCGUGCAUGGCAAGUCAGGGUUAGGAUUAGGUUCAAGAGAGGUGGUACGAGAGAGCGGAGUGGGGACGUUGACAGAGGCAGAGAGAGAGGGUGCAACAGCGAGCAGAGGGGAAAGAGUAGGGGAUUCAUUGGUGGAAGGGAAAGGUGUGAUUGGGGUGGUAGGAGCAGGAGACGUGCGAGAGGAUGUGCGAGAGGAUGCGUCUUUGGAAAGAGGAGCUGUGGUGAUGGGGCAUGAUGGCUCUGUUGGAAAAACACCUGAGGUGGCACCUGACAAGACACCUGAAGUGGCACUUGAAGUGGCACCUGAGGUUUCACCUGAGGGAGCGCCUGAGGGUGGUUCCCUUUCAUGUCCUCCGGAGGAGAUCCUUCACCUGCCGAUGGUUCGGAUGAGUCGAGGCAGUGACCUUACCACCCCGUUUCAUGCUCUGCUUCCCUUUGGUGAUGCUCCCUUUGCUGCUGUUCUGUCAAGCCACUCGGAUGCUGCUGUACCAAGCAGUGGUGGUGGGCUUGGCAGCACCUGGGACGGUGCUGCUGGUGAACUGGCAGCAGUGGGGGAAGGGAAAUGGAGGAUAGGAGAGCUGAGGGAGGAGCAGGAAGGGCAGGUGAAGGAAGGACAGGUGGAGCAAGGGCCGGUGAAAGAAGUGCAGGUGGAGCAAGAGCAGGUGGAGCAAGAGGCGAUGGGUGGUGAGACUGGGAGAGAGGCACUGUUGCAAGCGGCGGUUGCAGACGAGGGGAAGGGGGUGGUGGGAGUCCACGAGGAGGGGGAGGGGAAGGGGAAGGGGAAAGGGGAGGUGGAGGUGGAGGGGAUGAUGGUUGAAGAAGAGGCGGCUGAGGCCGUUGAAAAGUAUGCAGACACGGCGAAUAGAUCCAGCGAGUGGGAGAAGCAGCAGCAGCAGCAGCAGCAGCUGCAACAGCCGCCACCCCCGCGACAGCAGCAGGCGGCAGGAGCAGUGGGGGCGGGUGGAGUAGUGGGAUCGCGAGGAGCAGCAGGAGCAGCAGGAGCGGCGAGUGCAGGCGUGGAUGAGAGUGUGUUAUUGGAGAUAGUAAAGGAGAGGCUUAAGCUUGAGAGGACCAGCUCGGCAUUGGGCGGCAGGACAGUGUCGGGCGGCAGGACAGUGUCGGGCGGCAGGACAGUGUCGGGCGGCAGGACAGUGUCGGGCAGCAGGACAGUGUCGGGCGGCAGGAGGAUUGGAAAGCCAUAG